AAGCAUGGCAGACACUACGGCUACCCUCACGGUCGGUGGUGACCGAACAACUGGACAGUCAGUCCGUUCACAAAAUGUGAUGGCAGCAAGUUCCAUUGCAAAUAUCGUCAAAAGCAGUCUUGGUCCAGUGGGACUGGAUAAAAUGUUGGUGGAUGAUAUUGGUGAUGUGACUAUAACAAAUGAUGGUGCCACCAUUCUGAAGUUACUGGAGGUAGAACAUCCAGCUGCUAAAAUCUUAGUAGAACUAGCAGAGCUUCAAGACCAGGAAGUGGGAGAUGGUACAACAUCUGUGGUAAUUAUAGCUGCAGAACUUCUAAAAAAUGCUGAUGAGUUGGUGAAAUGUAAAAUACACCCAACAUCUAUCAUCAGUGGAUACAGAUUAGCUUGCAAAGAAGCCUGUAAGUAUGUACAGGAACACCUUACCAUUAAUGUAGAAGAGCUUGGCCGUGAGUGUAUCAUAAAUGCUGCGAAGACGAGCAUGUCCAGCAAAAUCAUUGGAUCCCAAGCAGAAUUCUUCUCCAACAUGGUAGUAGAUGCUGCUUAUGCUAUAAAGACAUCUGACGGAAAGGGAGGCUACAAGUAUCCGAUCAAGGCUGUAAAUGUUCUGAAAGCCCACGGCCGUAGCUCCAUUGAAAGUACUCUAAUUCAGGGAUAUGCACUUAACUGUACAGUGGCUUCACAAGCCAUGCCCAAGAAGAUAACAAAUGCAAAGAUAGCUUGUUUAGAUUUUGGUUUGAUGAAGGCAAAGAUGAAGAUGGGUGUUCAGGUCCUCAUAGAAAAUCCAGAAGAUCUUGAUGGAGUACGACAAAAAGAAUCAGAUAUCACUAAGGACAGAAUUGAAAAAAUCAUAGCUUCAGGGGCUAAUGUUAUCCUGACAACAGGAGGUAUAGACGAUCUCUGCCUCAAAUACUUUGUGGAGGCUGGUGCCAUGGCCGUUCGCAGAUGUAAAAAGGUGGAUCUGAGAAGGAUUGCCAAGGCAACAGGAGGGCAGUUGGUAUUGACUAUGGCUAACUUAGAAGGAGAGGAAUCUUUUGAUGCAAGCAUGCUAGGACAGGCGGAGGAGGUGAUACAGGAACGAGUGUCAGAUGACGAACUCAUUCUCAUUAAGGGAACAAAGGCAAGAUCUGCUGCAUCUAUCAUCCUGCGUGGAGCUAAUGACUUUAUGUGCGAUGAAAUGGAACGGUCCGUCCAUGAUGCCCUGUGUGUAGUGAAACGUGUCCUCGAGUCCAAGUCUGUUGUCCCUGGGGGCGGAGCUGUGGAAGCUGCAUUGUCAAUCUACCUGGAAAAUUAUGCUACAUCACUGGGAUCCCGAGAACAGUUGGCCAUCGCAGAGUUUGCAAGAUCCCUGCUGGUGAUCCCCAAACAGCUGGCUGUGAAUGCUGCCCAGGACUCGACUGAUUUAGUGGCCAAAUUGCGUGCUUACCACAACAUGUCUCAGACCAAACAGGAACACCGUGACCUCAGAUGGAUUGGCCUUGACCUCUAUGAAGGAAAAGUCAAGGACAACAAGAAGCAAGGUGUAUUCGAACCCACUAUUUCUAAGAUCAAAUCCCUCAAGUUCGCUACUGAGGCAGCUAUUACAAUCCUGAGGAUAGACGACUUGAUCAAACUGACACCAGAGAAAAAAGAGGGCAAUUCUUACCAGGAUGCUCUCAAUAGAGGAGAGUUAUAAACCAAAGUGACUCUAGGACUAAUAUUUAUUUUGAAUUCCAUUCUUACAGUGCUCAUUAUGUAAGCUUCAUGCAAUGUGGAAAGGACCAUAUUGAUGAAAUGAAAAGCAUUAUAGCUUCUACUGUGAACAAAAUUCUUUCAUAAAAUGUUUGUUUUUUGUAUGUGCAUACCCCCACCAUUUCAACUGUGAAAAAAUGCAAUAAAAAUGAAUAAGAA